UUUAUGGACCUCGAGUCCGUCCCGGUCCAUAAACAAGCAAAAAAAGAUCUUGGCCAAUAUCCAACCAUCUUGACCUAAUGUUUGGUCAGCAGCCGAUAUAUAUAGAAGGAAAACAGAACAGGCGUAUCGCCCGUAAAAAGAGUAGGAAAAUAGCACUGGACUGGUCGCCCACCCUGGCGCACCGAGCCGACCAUAGAGCGAAGCCUGUGCAUGUGACGAGGUGCUAUCAAGCGCUGCGAAUAGAGAAAGAAACCUUAGACUAUCACAAAAAUCAAAACUUUUCAGGUAAAUAGAGAUUCAAUAUGCUAACUAUCUUCGUGUCACUGUUUAAAGGUCUUUAAAAAAACAAAAGCUGCGGACUACCAAAGAUAUUAGCGUUGCUCCUCCUUGUCGUAUCGCUAAUAAACAGGAUGUUUCCUUUGCGAGUUCAAUGGUUGAAGUGCCCAGUGAUGUGACAAUCUCACAAUUUGCCAGAAAUGUUCGCGAAUUUACAGAAGGGAAGCAUCAAACAAGGAAAUGGAUUCCCAACGGUCCAAUUUUUAAAAUUUUGAAGACGUUUUUCAAUUUCAAAAUUCCCGCUUGAGACACAAACACCAGUUUCGUUUACAGGAAGUACAAGCGACUGUUGUGCUUCCGGUUCCGGUUCUUCGAGUGCCUUUCAAUAGUCUUCAAUUCGGAAAUAGUCUGUUAUUUGUUAUUUUUUGUACAAACGAAAUACAAUUUUUAACUUACCAAUUUACAAAUCAAAAUUCUUCCAGAAAAAAGGGCAAGAUAAAAUCUGGAAAACAUGACCGGAAGUGCGGACAUGUGUCAAAGUGAGGCUAAGCCGGAGUUUUAUUUAUAUUUGACGUCUGAAACCUUGAAUUCUGUACACUAUCGCCUGUGACCCAAACAAGCUGUGAUGGCGACGGGUUGUUUCUAAGCUCCUACUUCAUUUUCAAGCGUGAUCAUGCCUCGCUCGUUCCUUGUCAAGAGAAGAAAAAGCAGCGAUGCGAACACUGUGUUCGAAUCUGAUCUGCCAAAGACCAUCCAAGAUCCUUUAAGCUACGCAGCAGUGGAACAACAAAAACUUGUGCCUCCCAGUCCCUGCAUUGAAUUUCAUCCACAAAUUUUACAUUUUAACGGACUACAGAAAAACCACACUUGGAAGCCUCCAAACACCCCAUGUUUUGCCUGUAGAACAAGGACAUUUCCACAUGCUUCAGACAGUUGUAUCAAAUUCACAGCCAGAAAUAAUCAUCAUUGUCUGAACACUUGUGAGUGCUAUCACAGAAAACUUGAUGAGUAUGCAGGUUGUUUCUGUUGUCACUCAUCUAGUAAUAAACUUCUUUCUGAUGUUAGCCAGCUACACAUGCCUGCAUGGUACAGUGGGUUAAAUAACAACAAUCACUACCAUGGGAUCUACUUGCCAAAGCACGGCCCAUUUGGUUCAAAAUCUUUGUCUACACCCUUGGAAAGAAUAGAUAUUCAUGCAAGAGAAGUAGCAAACAGAGCAAGUCACAAUUUAACUUCACAUCAUACUGGCAAGGGUAGCACUAGGUUUGCCACAGGAUUAGAAUGUAACCCUAAAGUUAUAAGUGAUGAAGAUGAACUCCCCACAAAGAAAAUGAAGAUGACACCUAUUGGGAAUGAACAAAGGAUGAAAAAGGAAGAAAGUAUGGAGUCACAGCUUCAAAAGAACGAGACUCAGUCAAGCGUUGCUCUUGAACAAGGGAAAGUUUCAAAGGCUGAGGAUAAACCAGCUCAAGAAACAAUCAAACAAGAGUUUCCUGAGCCAUGGAGUGAUCAGACUAUAUGCAAUGGUAGUGAACUCUCUACUGGUGAACUGGACAGUGAAAAAAACGAUACAAGAACCAAUAAUGAAAAAGGCGAACUACACACUCCUGAAAAAAGUUACAAAAAAGCACCACAAGAGAUCCACAAAAAUGUGCCUCAUCAGGGAACCAGGAAGUCACAGCAAGCAAAAUCAAAGAAGGGACACAAAGAUAACAACACAAAACCUUACAAUACAAGGAUGGUGACAUCUCGGCCACGGACUUACAGCUCUGACUUUGUCAUACCUGAUGAGGAGGAAGAGUGGAGGCAGGAUAAAGUAGGUUAUCAAAUGAAGGGUCGACAAAGAACAAAACUGAACAGGCUGUUGGCAAAUGAACAUGAACGCAGAAGAGUGGCACAGUUGAAUAGCGCUUAUCAAGACCUUCGACAGUUAAUUCCAGGAUACCAAUGUGACACCAAGCUGCCAAAGAUAAAGAUACUGAAAUAUGCAAUCAAUUAUAUAGCCCACCUAGAUGAUAUACUAGGAACUGACUUUUAUAAGGUAAAUUAAAGGGAAAAUAUUUAGCUUUAUUUUGUUAUUUUUAUUGUAACUCAAAUAAUUAUGCAUUAGAUUAGUUAUCUUUAUUUUAACAUCAAUCUAGAUAAGCGCACUGUUUUUGAUUAAUUCUUCAUCUAUUAAUAAAUUAAAAUAUUAAUAAAUUGUAGCAAGUGUGAAAAGCAUUUAAGAUGUUAGUUUUCCUUUUUGUUACAAAUAUCGUGUUUAAGGCAGGUUUUUGUUGAACUAUCAAUUCAAACGUGAUUAAGUAAAAAACAAAUUUUAUAUGCUGCAUUUUAUUGAGUAAUAUGCUAGUCAGGCAAAAAGUAAAUGAUUGUAUCUGCAAAGCAUUAUUCUUGCUCUUAUUCUGGCUUUUGCUGUUGCUCUCACUCUUACUCUUUACUCUCACACAUGUACCAUUUUCACGUUAUCCAGAAUUUGGAGUUCACGAUCAAUACACUUUCAAGAUCAGUAUUAAAAUAGUCUGAUAAAAAUGUUUCAAAGCACAUUUAGGUUAAUUUAAAUUAUCACAAACUAUUAAAGACCACUAAUUUUAAUCACAACAUUGGAGCACCUUCAUUAAAUUAAAGGGCAAUCUGUUUAAUGUAAAUAAUUUAUACAUGGAAGACUUUCUGAACUCUCUUCAUUCCUGAUCUUAGAGCAGAGCUGACGUGCUUUGUCAACUAUUGUUGUAUGCUCACCCAAGACUGUGCCUCAAUUAGUUGAGACUAGAAGCUUUGUAGAGUAAUUCUGUUUGAUAUUAUACCCUGUGGCUGAUCCUACGAGAACUAUUCUGAAGAUGACAGAAGAUUCUGUUGAAACAUGUUUUAAAAAAAAACGGUGUGCUGUUUCUAAAAGUUUUAACAUGUCUGCUACUAUCCAGACCUUUUGCCAUAUAUUUCAGUGAAUGUACAUUAUUGUAUGGUUCCUAAUCCUUCUUUCAUAAAUAUUAUAAUGACAAUUUGCCUAUUUUUUUUUUUUUUAAAUGCACC